UGCUUUUGCCCUCACCAGUCAACAAUCAAUGUUUAAAAAUUAAAACUGACUUGAUGAAGUUUCAUCAAUGAUGUGUAGGCAGUAAGCCUGAAGAAGAAGAAGAAAACAUAAAAUCCAAAACACGACAAUGGACUUUAAAUGGGUGAAGAACCACUUGGAGAAAACCAGUGCAUCAUCAAAUGAUACUGAUUCCACACCUUUAGCGACCUUCGAACCACUUAUCAAGUCAGGCCUUAAAGUUGAUCUCGUCGAGCGUGGUCGGGUCAUCUGCUCCAUGAAAGUCCCUCCUCGGUUGCUGAACGCCGAUGGUUUGUUGCAUGGCGGAGCAACGGCGGCGCUGGUGGAUGUGGUGGGUGGAGUUGUGAUUCCGACUAUAAACAAUGCCACCAGCUCUGGAGUUUCAAUGGAGAUUAAUGUUUCCUACUUGGAUUCUGCUUAUGUUGGGGAUGAGAUUGAAAUAGAAGCAAAGACAUUGCGUGUUGGGAAGGUUGUUGCUGUUUCAACCGUAGAGUUUAGAAAUAGAAAGACUGGAAACAUAUUUGCGCAAGGGCGGCAUACCAAAUACCUUGUUGUAUCAAGUAAAUUAUGAAAUGCAGGUUGAUGAGAAGACACGAUGAUCAUAUACAUCUUUUACCUAAACUAUGGUUUUUUUAGGUUUUCUACUUGUAUGGUUCUGUGAACCAUGAUGUUAUGUAGUAAGUUUGUUUUGUUUGAUGUGUAUAAGUAUUUCCCAAGUUGCAUGUGUUUGAUCUUCGGCUGUGAAUAUCGUGAUGGAUGUAAAGGUUGUGUAUAAGUGAUAAUGUGACCACAAGUUGUCGGGUGUUCUCGGAACACCAGAAGUGUUUCUCUCCAUGAAUCUAAGUAUGUGUGGAAUU